AUGGCAGGAAAAGACACUCGCCUGAAUUUCACAGAUCACUUAUAUGAUGCUUUCAUUAGAAGUGGCAUCAGAUGUUUUAGGGAUGAUAAAGGAAUAAAGAGAGGAGAAGUUAUCAAACGACAACUCAUUCAGGCGAUCAAGGAUUCUCUCUGUACUGUUGUUGUUCUCCCUGAAAAUUAUGCAAAUUCUACAUGGUGUUUGGACGAACUUCAAGAAAUUCUCGAAGCUCAAAAAAAAUUUGGUCGAAUAGUUCUUCCUGUCUUCUAUGGUGUCUACCCAUCUGAUGUAAGGCAUCAUAGAAAAAGUUUCGGAAGAGAUUUAGCCAAACAUGGAAAGAGAUUCAAAAAUAGCAAAGACAAGGUUCAGAAAUGGAGGGAUGCUUUGUCCCGGGUUAGCAAUUUGUCAGGUUGGGACUCUAGGAGUCGGCACGAAACAGAAGUCAUACGAGGCAUUGUUGAAGAAGCGGAUGACAUUCGUUUUGUAGGGAUAUGGGGUAUGGGUGGUGUUGGUAAGACAACUCUUGCUGGAGUUGUUUUUGAAAGAAUCUCUGGCCAAUUUGAAAUUUCUUGCUUCAUUGCUAAUGCUAGGGAGAUUUCAGAAAGACAAGGCCUUCAUACUUUACAAAAUGACGAGCAGUUUGGAAGGAUCACUGGAAAUCAAAAGGUUCUCCUUGUCCUUGAUGAUUUGUUGAAAUCAAGCAGAGUGCAUGGAAUAUACGAGGCUAAGCCCAUGGACGAAGACGAAUCUCUUGAGCUCUUUUCCAAGAAAGCAUUUAAAAAAGAUCAUCCUGAAGUCGAUUAUUUUGGAUUGUCAGAAACUGUAGUUAAAUAUGCAGGAGGUCUUCCUUUGGCACUCUAUGUUUUAGGUUCCUUUCUUUGUGGAAGAAGUCGUCUUGAAUGGGAAGAAACUUUAGAAAGGAUGAAACAAAUUCCACAUGAUGAUAUUUUUCAAACUCUAAAAAUAAGUUAUCAUGGAUUAAAUGAUGAAGAAAAGACAAUAUUUUUAGACAUUGCUUGUUUCUUCAACGGAUGGAAAAGAGAUGAAGUAGCUCAGAUUUUGAAGAAUUGCGAUCUUCGUCCCACAAUUGGAAUAAAUAUUUUGAUUGAGAGAGCUUUGUUGAUUGAAAAGAAAACAUUGAAUGGAGAAACCACAUUAGAGGUUCAUGAUUUACUUCAAGAAGUAGCAAGGAGUAUUGUUUUUCAAGAAUCUCCUGGUCAUGUUCAUGGACGAAGCAGGCUGUGGAAUCUAGAAGACAUCCAUGAAGUAUUGAAAAAUGACAAAGGGUCGAAAGCAAUACAAGCUAUUGCUUUGCCUUAUAACCUAGAUGGAGAAAUAGAAGUACAUUGUGAAGCUUUCUCAAAGAUGUGUAAUCUCAGAUUACUCAUCAUAUCAAGUGAAUUGAAACUUCCCAGUGGUCUCAAAUGCUUUUCUAGUGCAUUAAAGGUUAUUCGAUGGAGGUCAUACCCCCUAGAAACUCUUCCGGUUGGAACUCAAUUGGAUAAACUUGCCGACAUUCAAAUGCCUUUCAGCAAAAUAAAACUUUGGAAUGGCAUGCAGCUUAUGAAGAACCUGAAGUUUGUUGAUCUAUGCAAUUCCAACGAUUUGGUUGAAACCCCGGAUUUCUCAGAAAUUCCAAAUUUAGAAAAAUUAAAUCUUGAAGGGUGCUCUUCUCUCCUUGCAGUUCAUGAUUCACUUGGAGGGUUGAAAAAGCUUGUUGAAGUGAACUUGUCUUGUUGCUCAAGUCUUGAAACCCUUCCAAAAAAAUUGGAAAUGAACUCCUUGAUAAAGUUAGAUAUUAGUUGGUGCAAUGAACUUUCAGUGCUCCCAGAGUUUGGGGAAUGUAUGAAAAACUUCACAGUGCUUGAUGCAAGGAAAACUGCCAUAAAGGAACUCCCAGAAUCACUUGGAUUUUUGACUGGUCUUAGGGAUUUGAAUCUGAGGGGCCCCCGAGACCUUGUUCUUCAAAUGUUUGGAUUUAAUCCAACAUCAUUAACCAUGUUAGACUUGAGCUACUGCUGCAUCAGUGAUGGAUCAAUUCCUGAAGAUAUAGGCCGUUUGUCAUCAUUAAUCACAUUACGUCUGGAAGGAAAUGAUUUUUCUAAUUUACCCACUGGUUGCUUCUCCAAUCUUUUUCAGCUACUUCAUCUUUAUUUGAAUAACUGUGAAAGGCUUGAGUCUCUGCCAAAACUGCCACCAAGGCUAAUUCAUUUAUAUGCAACGGGCUGUGACUCAAUGGAACCUUUAUCAUCAGAUGGAAUUUGGAAUAUAGUUUCGUCACUUGACCAUGAGUAUCGCCAUCGAACUAAUUAUGAGAAAAGAGUGCUCCAGCCCAUUCAGUUAGGGUAUGUACCUGAGGCAGAUUUUCUUGCAGUGAUGCGGGAAUCUAAGAUACCUGCAUGGUUCCCAAACAUAAGUUCUAUUUCUUCAGAUGGAAGCGGUGCUUUGGAAUAUGAAUUUGUCGUGGACAUCCCUCCAUAUUUUUGUGCAAGUGAAUGGUCUGGGCUUGCUGUAUGCCUCAACAUAAAAGGCGGGUCGACGUGUGAUAAGGUUUUCAUUCCCUGGAGUUGUAAAGCUCGCGAAGAGUAUUAUAUUUGCAAAGCAUGGGCAAAUGAAAUUUCACUUGUGUAUGGCUGGAAACCUCGCCUCUGCCUAAUGCUUUUGGAUUUCAAUGAGAAGACAUGUUGGCAACAUUUAAGAGAAAAUGACCACUGCCUCCACAUCAAACUUACCGUCAGUUAUGAAAGUUCUAAUAGACUACAAUUGAAAUGUGGAUGGCGGGCGCUAUGUAAAGAAGAGGUGCAAGAGCAGAGCAGCAAUACCACCAUUAAUUUCAACAAGUUAACAGAAGCAGAGCACAAUGUUUGUCCUAAGCCGCCAUCUCCAGGACAGGGUAGUUCCUGUGGGGGAAGUCGUGGAGGAAGGGAUGUCAGUGUUACGACUCCACACCAGAUGCGCCACGCUGAUCCAGAGAGUGGUGCUGCUAAAAGGCCAAACCAGAAUAUUGGUCUGCGUAGAAGCCAACGGAUGAAGAAAAGGCCUUGGAAGCUUCGGGAAUUAGGAGAGGACGCUCCCAUAUAA